UACGUCUGGUGGAAGAGGUGUGGAUGGGGAGCUUGGGGCAGUCUCCAUCUGCCACGAGUGGAUAUCCGUGUUCUUUGUCAUCCAUUGGAUCUCAGCCUUUUCUACUGAUAGGCAUCUGAGAGAUCUGGUGCCAAAGGACGCCUGAGGCCUGGUGCCAGCAGGUGGCUGCCAUGCGAGGCUGUGCCCGUCCCCUCGCUGCUCUGCCCACCAUCCCUGCUGCGUGCCCAGCGCGGUGCUGCUCUGCUCGCCAUGGGAGGAUGCUUCUCCAAGCCCAAGCCAGUUGAAGUGAAAAUUGAGGUUGUGAUACCUGAGAAGGAGAGGAGCAAGGAGGAGAUGUCACCCAACGGGAAAGCCAGCCCAUUGGUUUACAAAGUCAAUGGGACUGCCCGGCAUUACCAUCUCGAGGAGCAUCCCAUUGCCAGCAAUCCCUACCACAACCCAAAGGAUGUAGUGGAAGCAUCUGUGUGCCACGUGAAGGACCUGGAGAAUGGACAGAUGCGUGAGGUGGACCUGGGCUGUGGGAAGGCACUGCUGAUCAAGGAGGCUGGAGAGUUCUAUGCCAUGGGACACAAGUGCCCCCACUAUGGGGCUCCGCUGGUUAAAGGGGUUUUGUCCAAAGGAAGGGUCCGCUGUCCCUGGCACGGGGCUUGCUUCAACAUUGGCACUGGUGACAUCGAGGACUUUCCUGGCUUGGACAGCCUGCCCAGGUUCCAGGUGAAGAUCGAGAAGGAGAAGGUGUACAUCCGAGCAAGCAAGCAGGCUCUUCAGACACAGAGGAGGACAAAGAUGAUGGCAAAGUGCAUCUCCUUGAGCAACUACAACCUGAGCAGUACCAAUGUGCUGAUCAUCGGUGCAGGUGCAGCAGGGUUAGUGUGUGCAGAGACGUUGCGCCAGGAGGGUUUCUCAGACAGGAUUGUUAUGUGCACGAUGGACAGACACUUGCCCUACGACAGACCAAAGCUCAGCAAGUCAAUGGAUUCCCACCCAGAGCAGAUUGCCCUGCGCCCCAAGGAGUUCUUCCGCACGUACGACAUCGAAGUCCUGACAGAAAUGCAGGCUGCGGCUGUGGAUAUCAAGAACAAGACGGCUGUGUUCAAGGAUGGAUUUAAGAUGGAGUAUAACAAACUGCUGAUAGCGACUGGAAACACGCCCAAAGCUCUCAGCUGUAAGGGCAAGGAAGUGGAAAACGUUUUCAACAUCCGGACGCCAGAAGAUGCGAAUCGCGUGGUGAAGUUGGCCACCAGCAAGAACGUGGUUAUAGUGGGAGCUUCCUUCCUUGGGAUGGAGGUGGCUGCCUACCUGACAGAGAGGGCCCACUCAGUGUCUGUGGUGGAGCUGGAGGAGGUCCCAUUCAAGAAGUUCUUUGGGGAGAGAGUUGGUCGUGCUGUCAUGAAGAUGUUUGAGAGCCACAGGGUGAAGUUCUACAUGCAGACCGAGGUGUCGGAGCUCCGGGAGCAGGAGGGCAAGCUGAAGGAGGUGGUGCUGAAGAGUGGGAAGGUCCUGCGUGCAGACGUUUGUGUCGUUGGUAUAGGUGCAGUGCCAGCGACAGGAUUUCUCAAGCAGAGUGGCAUCAACAUUGACUCCAAAGGCUUCAUCGUGGUCAACAAGAUGAUGCAGACCAACAUCCCUGGAGUGUUUGCAGCUGGUGAUGCUGUCACAUUCCCACUGGCCUUGAGGAACAAUAAGAAAGUGAAUGUCCCCCACUGGCAGAUGGCCCAUAUGCAUGGCCGUAUUGCAGCACUGAAUAUGCUGGCCCACGGCACUGAGAUCAGCACAGUCCCAUAUUUGUGGACUGCAAUGUUUGGGAAAAGCAUUCGAUAUGCAGGCCAUGGGGAAGGAUUUGAUGAUGUUGUCAUUCAAGGGGACUUGGAUGAACUGAAGUUUGUUGCAUUUUAUACCAAGAGGGGCCCCAGGAGAUGGCUUUGGUGUGGCAGGACGGCACCGUGCGCCGAGAGCUGGAGGAGUGACGAGGUGGUGGCUGUGGCCAGCAUGAACUACGACCCCAUUGUUUCCAAGGUGGCCGAGGUCCUGGCUGCUGGCAGGGCCAUCCGAAAGCGUGACGUGGAGCUGUUUGUCCGUCACGGCAAAACUGGAGAUAUGUCCUGGCUAACGGGGAAAGGCUCCUAACACAGACAUGGCUGCAACCUCCUGAUACUGCACUGGCCUCGAGGAGAUGGGGAUGGCUGCAGAGCUCCACGGCACGAUGCAAAUAAUGCACCCGAGUCAUUUUCCUUUGAGACUUGGCCAAACCCAGCCUUUUUUCACCCAGCAGUCACCUUCCCAGCAACUCUGUGCACGCAAACCGCCGCCAGCUCUCCUGGCCCCAGGUGUGGGGUCAGUGGGUGGAAUUCCCACUGGAAAGUCAGGAAAACAGACCCUGGGGGAGCGGGGUUGGUACCAGCAUGGAGCUGCAGACUGCUGACAUGGGUGCCACGGUGCUGAUGGAUGCCACAUCCAUGCUCUCUGAGCAGCACAACAAGAGCCCGAAGCACAUCCCUUCAUCCUAUGAGCAGCAUGAGUGCCUUUUGUUGUUCUCUGUGGCCAGUACAUGCUCUCAAGCACAUUGCUCUUUCCUAGAUCCUCUUUCCUCCCCAUGGAGCCCAGCAUCUGCACCUUCUCCUCAGUGGUUAUGGAAAGAUUGACAUUGCUGCUGACAUGCUACUCCAGGAAGAACAGCUGGAGGAGUAUUUCUGGCUGUUCUCUGCCCUUAGUCAUUUACUCUUCCUAUCCCCUGGUGGCAAAGCUACAUAUCUCAUCUCAGCUGGCAGUGUCAGUGCUCUGUGGCCAUGCUUGCUGCUCCUGGCUGGCAGUAGGGCCCCGGUUCUUGCUCAGGAGUGGAGGUGGCUAGUCCAAAUCCCUGUGUUUGUCCACCCAGCAGAGCCAAGUGUGAGAUUCCCCCAUGGACAGCUUCCAGAUCUGUCCUUUGGGAGCUUUGUUCCCCAUCUGUCACUGCGUUACUCUCAGCCCCAAACCAGAAAAUUGUUAUUUUCAGUUUGAUUCACCCCCUCCCCCUGUCCCCCCCCAUGAAUGAAAGCGGUGCUCCUAUUGUGAUCCAGACCUUUUCUGCUUCCUUCCAAGCAAGUUGGCCAGGUGGUGCCUGCACCUCCUGUGCAGGAUUCCCUUGGUGUCCCAUGUCCUACUUACGUUUAUUUCCAGACUUUUAGAUCUUUGCUCAGAUGGCAACAUCAGCAGACAUCUGUCACACCUCCUCUUGAUCCCUUCUGCUUUCACUGCCAGGUUUUUCCCAGGCGGUGUGACCAGUGGUGGCAGUAGGCAGGGAUGUGGGCACAGUGCCCAGCUGCUGCUUUGGAUCCAUGUGCCCCAUGGGCAGAUGUGGCUUUGCAUCACACAUCUUGCUGCUGAGGUGACCAGAUGCCAUCCAGCAGCAUUGGGAUCAUUUACCUGCUAUUGCUUUGCUCCUCCUUUCCUCACUGCCCCAGCACAGCAGUUCUGUGUGCUCCCCAGCAGAGCCUGGCUGAGCUUUUCCAAAGCAGCCACCUUUCUGCUCACCCAAAGGCACCAUCCUCUGAAGUGCUCCCGGACAGAUGUGCAGUGUGUUUUGCUUUUCAGGAAAAGCAUGUCCUGUCCAGAUGUGGCCAAAUAGACCAGCAGGACCUCAUGGACUUUUCUACUGGUUCAUCAGCCUUCCUUAGUGCACUGUCCUAAUCUAGUGACAGACCAAUACUCAGAGCAUGCUGUAUUUAUUCCAUACCUUGUAACAUUGCCUGGGAUAUCCACGUAGCAUAGGGCUUUUCCCCAAAAAAGAGUCCUUGGUGGGAUCUCCCUCCUUCUUCCCAGCAGCCUGUGAUGUACUCCACAGCUUAGCUUUGGCUUUAGCAAGUAGAAAAAUCCUUUUUAUUUGGUUUCUCGUGUCCCUUACUAGGGUCUGGCCCUUAAGAACUGCUUUGAAAUGGCCUCAAUAGCAGCAGCAAGACCCAGACCAGGCACUGGCAGCAGUUGCUGCCCGAGGCACCUCCUGGGAUGGGGUGAAGGCUGAAGAUCACAAGGAGAGCCAUUGGGGGCCCACACCUGUGUGGGGACCCACACAUCCACGAUGGGGACCACCUGCUCCAGUGGGGGUAAAAAGCUCCAUGGGCCUGGGGACUUUAGGACUCAUUUCUGGCAACGUCACCUCGAUGCCAGCGUGGAGAUUGUGGAGCACUUCUGCUGCGGUGUCCUGCGAGGGGAAGGGUCUCAGGGGAUGGGACACAUCCACAUCCAUCAGGGAAUUUUAAGCAAUAAUGAUGCUGAUACAAUGCAGUGGGG